AUGCGCUAUUGUGACUCGACUUGCCAGCACGACCACUGGCGCCGCGGCCACAAGCAGAUCUGCAAGAAAAUACACCGCGCCGGUAACGCAGAAACUUACAAUGCGGACAAAAAAUACAAGGAGACCGUCGCGGUCGCGGUCGAGAAAUGCGCGGCGGACACGAAGGGCCAGAAAUGCUACAUCUGUCUCGAGGCCGUGCAUCCGCGCACGGGAGAAGGCCUCGUGCGCGGAUGCGCGUGUGGAGAUCGUGAGGGCGUCACUUCUCCAGAACUGGGCGUCGCGCACGUGUCGUGCUUAGCGGAUCAGGCGAAGCUUUUGGUCGCGGAGGCGCUGGAGGAUAAGUUGGGUCUCGAGGCCCACCAUGAGCGGUGGAAGCGGUGGGACACGUGUGAUCUGUGCAAGCAACCAUACCAUGGCGAUGUGCGAUGCGCGCUCGGAUGGGCUUGCUACAGGACGUACGCGGGGCUACCGGAGAUGGACAUGGCGCGACUCAAUUCCCUCACAGUACUCGGCAAUGGUCUUUCAGAGCGUGACGUUGGACGCGCUGAGGAGGCGCUCUGCGUAUACGAGGCGGUAUUGAACUCUUUGCGGCGCGACAAGACCGCCACCAAACACGAUUUGCUUACGGUUCAAGCAAACAUCGCCCUUUGUCUCAACCGGCUUGGUCGCCACGAUGAGGCGUUUGCGGCUGAGACGAGCGUGUUCGCGCGUUAUAAGGCCACGCUCGGUACCGCGCACCAACAAACGAUUCUCGCCGGCCUCAAUCUCGUGGCGGGCUUGUCACAAAACAGAAAGCACGCCGAAGCUCGCGAGUUUCUGCGCAAGCACGACCUCGUCGCCACAUCGCAGCGCGUCCUCGGAGCCCAACACCCAAUUACGAUGCGACUACGCUGGGCUUCCUUCGACGCGAUUUUAUACGAUGCCGAAUCAUCAGUCCCGGACCUGGUCGAAAGCGUGACGGGCAUCGGGGCCGUUUUGAAAACCAUGCAACGCGUCUACGGUCCCGCGCAUCCCGAGACCAAGAAGGUCCAGAUCACCCUCGACCGAGCAAAAUCAUCACUCGCCGCGGCCCGCGGGGGGCCUUUUGAUCCCCCUUUGCCGCCCGGCUGGGAGGCGGCGCGCGACCCCGCGAGCCAUGGCCGACCCUACUUCUUUGAACGCGCGACGGGGCGCACGAGCUGGACGCACCCCACGGCGGACGCCAUCACGCCCGGGCCGUCCAAGAAGAAGAAGGGCAAGAAAUCCGGUCGGUCCGGCGCCUCGCGAGCAGUUCCCGCGCCCGCGCCCGCCGCGCCGGCGUCUCGGCCCGCGCCUGCGCCGAUGCCGGCGCCGGCGCCCGCUCCUGUGUCGGCGGCGGAGCCGUCUGCGCCCGGUGACGCGCAGCCCACGGGGGCGCCGGCGAGGCGACGCCGGACCGCGCGACGCGAUGCCGACGACGCCGACGCCGCGCAAGGCCCGGCGCCGCCCCAGGCGCCAGAUCACGGCGAGGAGAUUACGCCUCGGCCUCCUCUGGCGGACUGCCUGCUGAUGAUCGUCCUCGCCGUCAGUUUGAGGCGUGAGUGGAUUACUCCCGUGACGUUCUACGCGCUGAUUGCCAUCCGGGUGUUUCUAUUUUGA